CGGGACACAAACACAAUGCGCUUCAAACGCUGCUGAAUAUCGAUCUAUGCCAGAGACUGUGAUUUUAACGCGGGAUUUACACGGAUUUUAUGUAGUGGAGAACACCAAUGUUCGCAUCGCAAGGAUGCCACAUGGCAAAAAUGCUGGCUUUGAAAUUAUACACCAUUUUAUUAAGGAUAUUACUGAUCUCGGCGUUUACGAUGGUACCGGCAAUUACAGGCACAUAUACACCAACAGAGAUAUUAACUAGAGAAUCAUCUACUCCUGCUACCACUAGAGAAGAUCUCAGAACUAUUUCAGUAACUGAGGGGGUAUCUACUGAGGCAACAGCCAUCACCAUCAUAGUUACUGACGACGAAUUCUCAACUGCUGCUACCACUCAAGAUAAAUAUACAAAUAUUACAGUAACUGAAGGAUUAUCAACUGAGGACACAGCAACUGAUAGUAUCACCACAACCAGCACCACCACCACCACCAGAGUUGGUGAUGACGAAUCAUCUACUCCUGCUACCACUAAAGAUGAGAUACCUUCUAUUGCACUAACUCAGGGAGCAUCUACUGAGGCUACAUCAAUUGAUGGCAUCACUACCAUCAUAUAUACUGAAGACAAAUUGUCUACUGUUGCUACCACUAAAGAUGAGUACUCAACUAUUUCACUAACUGAGGGAGUAACUACUGAGGCUACAUCAACUGAUGGCAUCACCACCAUCAUAUUUACUGAACACAAACUAUCUACUCCUGCUACCACUAAAGAUGAGUACUCAACUAUUUCACUAACUGAGAGAGUAACUACCGAGGCUACAUCAACUGAUGGCAUCAACACCAUUAUUGUUACUGAAGACGAAUUGUCUACUCCUGCAACCACUAAAGAUGAGUACUCAACUAUUUCACUAACUGAGGGAGUAACUACUGAGGCUACAGCAACUGAUGUUACUGAUGAUGAAUCAUCUACUCCUGCUACCACUAAAGAUGAAUUCACAACAAUCUCAGUAACAGAUGGAGUAUCUAAUGAAUCCACAGCAACGGGUGGCAUCAACACCAUUAUUGUUACUGAAGACGUAUUGUCUACUGCUACUACCACUAAACGUGAGUACACAACUAUUUCACUAACUGAGGGAGUAACUACUGAGGCUACAGAAACUGAUGGCAUCACCACCAUCAUAUAUACUGACGACGAAUCAUCGACUGUUGCUACCACUAAAGAUGAGUCCACAACUAUCUCAGUAACUGAUGGAGUAUCUACUAAAUCCACAGCAACAGAUGGCAUCAACACCAUUACUAUUACUGAAGACGAAUUGUCUACUGCUGCUACAACUAAAGAUGAGUUCACAACUAUUUCACUAACUAAGGAGUAUCGACUGAGUCUACACCAAUUGAUGGCAUCACCACCAUCAUAG